AAUUAAACAAAUUGUACUCAGUAUUUUAAGCUACACUACUUAGCUUUCUGCCUAACACAAUGAGUUUGUGGGUGGACAAAUAUCGUCCAAGAGAUUUGACGAAACUAGAUUUUCACAAAGACCAAGCCGUUCGCUUAAAAAAUCUAGUUCAACAAAGCGAUUUCCCACAUUUACUUGUAUAUGGCCCUUCUGGAGCUGGUAAAAAGACGCGAAUCAUGUGCUUAUUGCGGGAGCUGUACGGUUCAGGAGUGGAGAGGUUAAGGCAAGAAACCAUGACUUUUACUACUCCAUCUAAUAAGAAGCUUGAAAUAAUGACUGUGAGUAGCAAUUACCAUAUCGAAGUUAACCCAACAGACGUCGGAAUUUAUGACAGAGUCGUAAUUAUGGACUUGGUCAAGAAUGUUGCACAAACUCAUCAGAUAGAUUCUUCUGGACAAAGAGAAUUCAAAGUUGUCAUCUUAAACGAAGUCGAUGAUCUUACCAAGGAUGCUCAGCAUGCCUUGCGCCGAACAAUGGAGAAAUACGUGUCCACUUGCCGCCUUAUUUUGAUAGCGAACUCCAUUUCGCGCGUGAUAUCCGCUAUUAGGUCCCGAUGUUUGACUAUUCGGGUUCCUGCACCUACAGAGAAAGAGAUUGCUUCAGUGUUAUACAAUGUCUGCAAGAAAGAGGGCUUGAAUCUGCCAUCGGAGCUUGGUUUACGUAUUGCCAAAGCAGCUGAUAGGAAUAUCCGAAGGGCUCUGCUAAUGUGUGAAGCCUGUAAAGUUCAACAAUACCCAUUCACUGCCGAUCAAAAAGUUCCCGAACCUGACUGGCAAGUGUUUAUAAGAGAAACGGCAUCUAUGAUUCUGUCCGAACAGUCUCCAAAGAAGUUAGGAGAGGUGCGCCAGAAGUUGUAUGAAUUAAUAAUACACGGUGUGCCACCAGACAUGAUUUUUGGUGGACUUUUAAAGGAAUUGGUUCGGAAUUGUGAUAUGGCGAUGAAGUGUCAAGUAGCAAGUCAUGCAGCCAAGUUUGAACAUAGGAUGCGUCUCGGUAACAAACCAAUAUUUCACUUGGAGGCUUUUGUUGCUAAAUUUAUGGCAAUUUAUAAAAGGUUUGUUGAGGAAUCUAUGGGAGAUAUGUUUUAAACAGCAGCUUGGCACAAACAGUUCUUUAUU